CGCAGGACUACUAAUAAGAAAGCCUGAAGAGCGGAGGGGAUUCGACUUUGCAAGAAACCCGUCAUGAAGUUGUUAUACAUUCUUCUUCUUUCAUUGUUUCUAAGCAGUUGCAGGGCUGAUCCUUUAGGGAAUUUUUGCAAUGAAAACACCUUCAUAAAUAGCACUAGCCCGAUAUCUGGAAACAUUGAUCGCUUGUUAGCUGAAGUGGUCCCUAAAACUCCCUUAACUGGUUAUAUUGCUACUUCCUCUGGUAGAGGCCCUGACAGAGUCUAUGGUCUCGCUCAAUGCAGAGGAGAUGUUAGCAGUAAAGACUGUUCAAGUUGCAUACAAGAUGCAGCGACGCAAAUCCGCCGACUCUGUCCAAAUCAAUCUGACGCAAGGAUUUGGUACGACUAUUGCUUUCUACGGUAUAGCAAAGAGAAUUUUAUUGGAGAAGUUGACACAUCAUUUGGUAUAUUCUACUAUAAUGUUGAAAAUGUCACAGAUCCUCAAAGUUUCAACCAAGAACUUGGAGCUCUGACGAAUAAAAUUAGAUCCGAAGCUGUCAUGCCAAAGAACGAAGGGCUUGGGAAAGGUAAGACCAAAUUGUCACCAUUUGUUACCCUUUAUGCAUUGGUGCAGUGCACAAGGGACCUAUCUGAGAUAGAUUGUGCUCAAUGCCUGGCAAUUGCUGUUGGAAAUUUCCCUAACUUUUGUGAGAACAGGAAGGGAUGCCGGGUCCUAUACAGUAGUUGUUAUGUCCGGUAUGAGCUUUAUCCAUUUUUCUUCCCAAUUGAUUCCAAUAAUGGUACCUCAUUUGGCAAAACAGUGAUGAUAGUUCAUCCGAAAUCCUAGUGCGAUAUGCGAAAAUCAGUUUGUUCAAAGGAUUUGCAAGCUGUAUGGUAGUUUCUUUUUAUUUAAUAAUUAAUUGCUCAGUUGCAUUAGCAACAAUAAUGAUUUGAAGCCAUGAGAUUAACACAUAUUCCUCGUG